AUGAUGUCUUCUAUACUUCUUGUCACCACCCUCGUGGUGGGAGCGUUCGCAGCACCAGCCGGCAGCAGCGGAAACGGCAAUGGCCAACCGGCUAGCCCUGCCGUACAUGGCGAUUUAUCUGUCCCGGUUCUCAUCGGGAUGAAGCAAAGGAACAUCGAGAAUAUGAUGAAAUAUGUUCUAGAAGUCUCGGAUCCCACUUCCGCCAAGUACGGCCAACACUACAAUCAGGCACAGGUUGAUGCACUCUUUGCCCCGGAUGACCAGGCUAUCAAUUCUGUGAAAGACUGGCUUGUCAGGUCUGGGAUCGCCGCUAGAUCUAUCAACUUGUCCCGGAAUAAGGCGUGGGUCAGAUUCGAAAGCACCGUCACCGUACUCGAGUCUUUACUUCAGGUGAACCUCACGGUGCCCAAGAACGCCAAACGCGAUACGAUCGCCGAUCCCGAGUUACCGGCGCACAUUUCGUCCGUGGUGGAGUUUGUGCUGCCUUCUCUGAAUACCUCGAUCCAUGAUGGCACUGAGCAGCAAGGAAAGGAACUUGGUCGUCCAUCUUCCAAGCCAUUUCACGGGUUUGUUGACCCCGUCUCAACGGACAAGUGCGACAAGAUUGUCACACCUGCCUGUAUCCGAGCCAUGUACAAGAUUCCUGCCAACAGCGGCCCUGCAGUUCGGGAUAAUGUGCUCGGCAUAUUUGAGACGGAGAACGACUACUUUAACCAAGCUGAUCUGAACGAGUUCAUCUCCAUUGCAGACCAGAACAUUACGACAGCACCCAAGCCGGUCCAGUAUUUGAUUAAUGGUGCAACGGUCGACCAGACACGGGCCAACGCGGGAGGUGAAUCCAAUCUCGACUUCCAAAUGGCCGUGCCCAUCAUCUACCCGCAACAGACGGCGCUGUAUCAGAUUCAGUACCCCAAGUACGGCUUAGGAGAUUUCAACUACAUUUUUGCGCAAUUCCAGGACGCUCUCACCGGGUCAUACUGCGCUGACAAUGAUGACCAAGGCAGCGGCACCGAUUGCAAUCAGUACCCUGUCCCGAGUGUGUUUUCUGUAUCCUGGGGCUCUACGGAGCCGGUGUACUUCAACAAGCAGACAACUGAUCUUUACACGCGCAUGUGCAAUGAAUGGGGAAAGCUUGCGCUGCAGGGUACCACGGUCGUGUUUGCCUCUGGAGAUCAUGGAGUGGAUGGCAAUGGUAACUCAGAGUGCGGCCUGAGCGAGAAUUUCCUGGUAGACGGCUCAAGCGCCUGCCCGUACAUUACCUCGGUCGGUGCUACGACUCUGCCUUCUGGGGCUGGCGUCGACGAUUCUGAGAUUGCCGCGGUCAGCUUUGGUUCUGGAGGUGGUUUCAGCAACCUGUUUGCCACGCCGCCAUGGCAGAAGAAGGCGGUUUCGACAUACUUGACGCAACAUGAUCCCAAGCUACCAGCAGCCUUUUUCAACAGGUCAGGUCGCGCCUACCCGGAUAUUUCCGCUGUCGGUGACAAUGGCUUCUCGGUGAACAGCGGCCUGCAGAGUCUCAACGGAGGCACCUCGAUGUCUGCGCCCAUCAUUGCCAGCAUCUUCAGCCGCAUCAACGAAGACCGCCUCCGCGCCGGGCGAAGCACGCUGGGCUUUGUCAAUCCGGCUCUGUACAAGGCGUAUGAUGAGCAAAAGGCGCUCUUCAACGACAUUACUGUUGGAUCCAACCCAGGGUCUUUUAGGGAUUGUCACCAACAGGGCUUCCAGGCGGCGCCGGGUUGGGAUCCUGUUACUGGCCUGGGCACACCUAAUUAUCCGAAGCUGCACGACUAUCUCAUGAAUGUUGGGAAAUAG